CCAAAGCCUGAUUGUAGCUUCUCCAUAUAAAAGGGCUCCUUCCGAUCCAAAUCCCCUGGUCCUCAGUGGGUUUUAGGAUUUGCCAUAAUUCAUCCCCACUUUACACUGAUUCUUAAUUUCUGGCGAGCUCUGUGUAUUUUUAUUUUCUGGUGGACUUAAUUUGCAACCUGGUCAUGGAGGUCAAGAAGCAUCUGGACGAGGCGAAGAAGCACAGCAGUGACUCCGGAAUGGGACCAGAGCGGAGCCUGUUGAGCAAGGAGCAGAGGGACCACCGAAUCAGUCUCUUUUUGCAGGAUUUCGACCAUCAGGCCAAGGGAAACCUUCAAGAGAUGAAGAAAGAGCUGGCUUCGCUUCUUCACACGGCCGAGAAGGCCUUCCGGGUGGAGUCGCUGGCGUUGCCGGUGGUCAUGCGCAAAAUGAGGCGGAAAGAUUUGAUGCACCUGAAAGAUGAUGAAGCGGCAGCUGCUACAGUAGCUGCCAACCUUGACAUGAACGACUGCUGUGUUGGGCAGCUGGCAGCUCCCAAGCCAGUGCGGACAAACAGCAAGCGAGUGAAAGUCACCACCAUUGUGGAAUACAAAGACGAGAAAGAGGAAAAUGGAAGGCAGGCUAAGAAGACAUCUCAAAAGAUAUUUAAAACCAACUCCUUGGCCUCUUUGGCUUCGGUCAUCAAGGGCAAGCAGAGCACUGUAUCCAGGUCUUCUUCUGUGUGCUCCUCUUCAAAAUCAAGAACCAUUGAGCGGUCUGCUUCUUUACGGGAACGGCCAACGUCUGCCUCCAAGUUCAACUCUCUGAGCUCUAAAAGGGCUCCUCAGAGGGGUCUUUCUCAAAGUGCGUCUACUUCAGAUAAGACUCGGGCGGCAAUUCUACGGAGCUCCUCUCUGCCCCAUGAAAGAUCCGUCCCCUUUGUCAACAUACCUCUGGCUGAUGGGAAGACUCUCUGCUCAGCCGGCGAUGAUCUCCAGAACAUCAAUGUGGAGUUAUUAAACGACGACACUGUCCAACAUAUCCACACUCUAGUAAACAAUCUGACAGUCCUUUGUGGAAAAGCAACCGUAAAGUCAAGCUGAUCGUUCUUCUCCUCCUGCGAGUUCUUGCACCUAAAUAUCCCAUGUUUGUGUUCCUUAUGAUGAUGUUGCCUCUCAACUGAUUUUAAACAAUUCUUACACUGCUUGUCAAUUCUUACACUGCUAUAUUUGUUCUAUAAAUAAAUUGACUUCUCCACUGGGGCAUAAAACUAAAAACUGAAAGUUACUGACACUGAUGUUUUGUUUAUGUUCAAUAUUUAAUUGGCGAUAACCCUUCCUGUUAAGAGACCAGAUUGAUUUAUAUUAAAAUUCAAGAGGCACAGAUAUCUAUAAUACCAAAAAGCAAAAUUUUAUAUUAAAAUUUAGCAUGUGUUUGGGAGGGAAGCAGUUUUAGAUCCCAAAAGUCCCUUCCUAUGUGGCGAGUGUGAAAAAACAUUAUGGGAAUUGUAGUUUAAAGGUUCUUGUAAAAAGUUGCCCCCCAACUCCACCUUUGUCUUACCAUUUCUGUUAACUUUCAUCAAGUCGACUCCAAUUGAUGGCAAUCCCAUGCAUGAUGGACUUUCCAAGUCACCCUUAACAUCCACAGCCUUCACUGCAUCUAUUCAUCUGGAAUGUGGUUGUCAUCUUCUCCCUUUCUGAGAAUUAGUCUUUUUUUUCAUGAACCACAUUUUUCUCAUAAUGUAGCCAAAGUAUGAGUCUCAGUUUAGCCAUGCUGACUUCUAGAACUUGCUCUAGAACCCCUUUGUCUGUCUUUAGCAGUUCAUGGUAUCUGUAGUUCUCCAGUAUCGCAUUUCAGUUUUCUUCCUUUUAGAUUUCUUCACUAUCUAGCUUUCACAGCGAGACAUAGAAAUCACCUGGAUGUUCAUAAUAUGUAAUGUAAGGAGGACCAGAGUGUGGCGAGAGGCAGUGUUAUAACACUACAUAACAAAAUUUGAAAAAAUC